AUGUCUAGGCAAAGGGGGGAGCCUGAAGAAGAAUCCCCCAGUGAGGACGACGGGGGAGCCGGCGAUGACGACAGCGACGAUUCCGAGGGGAUGGCGUCUCGCCUCGACCAGAUUCUCGAGGGUUCGUCUAGAGGCGACGUCGACACCCCACGGACGGGAGCACCAAAAGAAGGGCCAGGAGGAUCUCACCGUCCCCGCGCUGACACCCCUCCCGCACCAACGCCGAGCCAGGUCGCCCCGCGCCCCCAACCUCCCCCUUCACCUAAGGCGGGUGGCCAGGCUAAGCCCCAGGCAACGGGGCCGUUGACCUGUGGCCGCGCCGCGGCCUCCGAAAAGGGAGAGACUGGCCGCAGGAGCGCUAGUCUCGUCGCCCGUCGGGCGGGGGACGCUGGACCAAGGCCUACGCCUGCCCGUGAGGGACCUGGAGCCUUGACGCGGGGCAGCUCAAGGCCUGCCGCUCGAGGCACCGGCAGGCGGGCCGUGCUCCCUGUGGGGUUAAAGCGGACAAUCGAGCAAGCUCAGCCUUCGAUGGCUAAAAGGCUCAAGGUGGGAGCGGCCCCCAAGGAUUCAGGCCCCUCCGGUCUUCGGCCGUCGACUGGCAUCGAGGUCGCUCCGCCUCAUCCAUCAGUGGUGGAGUCCACCCCGCCGUCGCCAAGGCAGGCUGAAGCGCCCUGUCUCGAAGAGCAGGAGGGAGCCCCCGAGCCUCCUCGAUCGGGGGUCGAGGCGGAACCUAUCACUAUCAGUGAUGGAUCUGGCGGCGAUGGGCCUUCGAUGGAUGCCCGUCCCAUGGAUGAGGAGGUCGAGGCCUCCGCCACUGCGAGGCGGACACCUUAG